AUGAACAUAUAUGACGACGUCGUUGAUGCGAGUCGUGUUUCCUGUGCUGUCAGGGGACAUUUCACGCGACUAGACCAAGAAGAAUUGGUUUUAGCCAAGACAAACAUCAUUUCGGUAUAUGCGAUACAGAACAACAAGCUUGUCAUUGAACAUGAGUUUAAAAUUUCAGGGAAAAUUCAUGACAUGGUUUUUGUUCCACAACAGCAUUCGAAGCUCAAUUGUCUGGUUUUAAGCACGGGAAAAGCCAAACUUUCCAUUGUCAGGUUUAAUGAUUCGGUGCCGACGCAAUUGGAAACGCUGAGUCUGCAUUACUAUGAAGCUGAGUUUGCGAAAAAAAGCAUAUUGGAACUUACCAAGGCUUCAAAAUUGCGGUUUACGCCCGGAAACAAGAUGCUACUUAUAUUCAACAAUGACUGUUUGGCGAUAUUGCCGUUAUUGGGCAUGGAGGAAGAAGAUGAGGACGCUGAAGAAACGCUAAAGCCUAAGAAAAAACAGAAAUUGGAACCCAGUUCGUCUCAAAAUUCCAGUGCAAUGCUUGCUGGACCUAGCACAAUUUUAAAUUUUGCAGAUCUACACUCAGAUAUAAUGAAUGUCAUAGAUGUGCAAUUUCUAAACUCAUUCAACAAUGCAACACUUGCGGUGCUGUUUCAGCCGCGACUUGCCUGGUGUGGUAAUGAAAAAAUUGUGGGCGAUAUGGCCUCCCAACUGGUUGCAAUCACACUUAACAUAGGGCAAGGCCUGGGAACUACAAUUUUCCAUCAGACAAAACUGCCCUCAGACCUGCAUACAGUAGUAAGUUUGUCAGGAUCGGUGCUUUUGUUAGGAACUAAUGAAAUUAUAAGCAUGGAUAACACCGGGACUUUACAGGCGUGCAUUGAAAUAAACUCGUUCUCCCCCAAACACUUGGCAGGAAGGCAAAUCAACAAUCGCCCGCUUGAGAUUUUUUUGGAGGCUCCCACCGUUUCAACAAGUCUGCAGGUUAACGGUAAAAAUCAUGAGCUUACUCUGAUUAUGAGUCAUUCUGGCGACAUGUUGGGCAUAUCUUCACACUUCGAAGGAAGGCUUCUGUCUGACUUCAGCAUAACGAAAUUGCCCAUUGUGAACCAUAUAUUUAACUUCCACAGCAUUGCGGCAUGUAUGUGUCUUUUGCAGGAUAUUUCAAACCUUCGAAGAAGUGUACUGUUUAUGGGCUUCAACUCUGGAGAUGCACUUUUGCUGGAGUUAAAUAACCUCAAAUAUGUGUUGAACACACGACAAGAAGUGAUGGUCGAAGCACAUGUGGAUGAAGACGAGGAUUACGAUGCACUUUAUGGAGACGAAGUGUCAACACAAAAUGGCAAAAUAGACCGGGUCAAGAUUUUGGAGAGCGACGCACCAUUCAAUAUAGAGGUUCUCGACCGAAUUGUCAAUUUGGCACCUAUUACAUCAAUAGCGCUCGGUAAAGUUUGCUCUCUUGAAAAGACCAAGGAAGGUUUGCCAAACCCAAACCGAGAAGAGAAAUCAUUGAUCGUCUCAUCUGGAAAUGGCGAAGGCUCGCAUUUAAACAUAAUUAAUCCAAGUGUUGAACCGCUUGUCCAACAGGCUUUAAAGUUCACAUCGGUAACACAAAUUUGGAACUUGAGAGUGAGAAAUAAGGAUAAAUACCUGGUGACAACUGAUUCUGGGGCAAGCAAAAGUGACAUUUUUGAAAUUAGUAAAAAGUUCACGUUGCUCAAGCCCAAACACUUCAAAAGAAAUGUCACCACUGUGGAGAUAGCUAUGAUAGGUAAUGGGAAAAGAAUAAUACAGGUCACCACCAAGGCACUUUACCUCUUCAAUUUGGGAUUCAAAAAACUCCUAACUAUAAGCUUUGACUUUGAAGUUAUCCAUGUAUCCAUAUUGGAUCCGUUCAUUUUACUGACGAAUUCUAAGGGAGAGAUCAAGAUAUAUGAAUUGGAUUCAAAGCAUAGAAACAAAUUGACCAAAGUCAGGCUACCUGAGGCGCUUGAAGGAACAAUCAUUACUUCGGGAUUCAUUUUAAAAAGUACUAUAUGCGACGAAUUCAUAAAUGGACCCGCCUCUAGUCAAGAUGAAAAUCCUCUUUUCACUUUCGUGACUGCGAACAAUCAAAUGAUCUUCUUCACCAAAGAUCAUCAUGACAAGGUUUUCCAACUCAAUGGUAUCGACUGUUUAAAUGAAAAUUUAUUUAUUAGCACGUACCUGGUUGAGGAAGAAAGAAAUCCAGAUCCCUCCAUCAAGCAGGUGAUGAUUGUCAAGCUGGGAAAAGAGAAGCAGGAAGAGCAUUUAGUGAUUUUAAGUUUUGGUGGUGAAAUUUACCUAUACAGAAGGUGGCAUAAUAAAUUCGUCAAGAUCAUGCAUCGAAAUGAUAUUUUAAUUACAGGUGCUCCUAAUAAUGCUUAUUCUCAAGGUACGAGCACUAUCGAAAGAAUCGUGCAUUACAUUCCUUCACUCAAUGGUUAUUCUGUGAUUCUCAUAACAGGGCGCACACCUUACAUUAUUAUCAAGGAAAACGGUGCAACUCCUAAAAUCUUUAAAUUCGGCAACAUACCGCUAGUAUCUUUGACGCUAUGGGGCCAGGACUCAGUGAUGUGUGUUGAUGAUAUCAAAAACGCUCGAAUUGUAACGAUCGACAAUUCAUAUGAUUACUCAAAUCGUUUACCAAUCAAAAGAAUAAGGAUUGAAGAUAUUUUGGAUAGGUUAGGCACUCUGGGUAACGUUGCAUACCAUGAGCGGACUGAAACGUUCAUUGUCUCCUAUACAAAAUGUAUUCCGUAUUCAGCUCUUAGUGAAGAAGGAGAGCGUCUUGUAGGCUACAAAGAAGGUGUUCCGCAUGCCAAGUCGUUCAAGUCGGGGAUUUUAUUGCUCAAUCCUCGAACUUGGAAUAUCAUUGAUAAAGUUGAGUACGAUGACAACGUUCUUGUGAAUGACAUCAAGACGAUGAUGAUCCAACUCAACUCAAGAACCAAGCGGAAGCGAGAGUAUAUUGUUGUUGGUACAGCAUGCGUCAGAGAUGAAGAUAUCGGAACAAUGGGGUCAUUUCAUUUGUAUGACGUUACUGAAGUCGUUCCAGAACCAGGGAAGCCAGAUACGAAUUUUAAAUUGAAGAGUAUUUUCAGUGAAGAGUUCAGAGGUGCAGUGUCAAAUGUGUGCGAAAUUAGUGGUAGAUUUUUGAUUAGUCAAAGUCAAAAGGUUCUUGUAAGAGAUGUACAAGAGGAUAAUUCCGUGGUACCCGUGGCAUUUUUAGAUGUGCCUGUUUUCGUCACCGAUUGCAAAAGUUUUAGCAAUCUGCUUGCAAUAGGAGACUCCAUGCAAGGUGUCCAAUUUGUUGGGUUUGACGCGGAACCCUAUCGCAUGAUACCACUAGGAAGGAGUGGUCAUAAGUUUGAAGUCAAGACUCUUGAAUUCCUGGUGAAUAAUGGUGACGUAUUUUUCCUAUUAUCGGACCGAAAUGAUAUUCUGCAUGUCUUGAAAUACGCUCCUGAUGAACCACAUUCGAUUUCGGGUCAAAAACUUGUACAUUGCACCAGUUUCAAUAUGCACUCGUCGAAUAAUGCCAUGAAACUACUGUUGAAAAAUGAGGAAUUUGCGCCAUUUGGACAAUUGUCACAAUCGUACCAGGCCGUUGGAGGUCAAAUGGACGGAUCCAUUUUCAAAGUGCUACCAUUGAGCGAAAGCAGUUACAGAAGGCUUUAUGUCGUACAGCAACAACUGAUAGACAAAGAAAUCCAAUGUUGUGGACUCAACCCAAAAAUGGAAAGACUUCAAAACGAGUUCUAUCACAAAGGACAUGUAAUGCGUCCGUUACUGGAUUUCACAGUGAUAAAAUCGUUUUGCAAUUUACCUCUGCCGCGAAGAAAUCAAGUCAUCUCUAAAGUGGGUCGUCAAGCUCAAACCGAAGUUUGGCGUGAUUUAAUUGACGUUGAGUAUUCCUUGAGAUCGUUGUCAUGA